AUGGUGGUCAUAUCCGUGACAAGCCUGGCGGGAGAGUCGUUGCUCGAAGCAACUGACCUUCCCGAGCCAGUCACUGGAACGCAGAUCAUUGAAAGGCUACCGGGGCCGACCACGCGUUUCGACAGACUUCUCCGAGAGAGCGAGUCUUUGGAUCUUUCUGCCGAGCUGCGUGUGGAUGGUGAAGCAACGAUCAGUCUUCUGUUCGUUCGGGUGGACGCAGGCUUGCUGGCCGGACUCGAAGAUGACACCAUCGAGGUGCUGAGAAGUUUCGGGGCCAUUCAGGAUGCACCGCCUGGCUUCCCCCACCUGACGUGCUGUCUGAACUUGGCGAAGGAGGAUAAGCAGAGAUUCAGUGGAGGAGGGUUCGGGGGCACCGAGUCGACCCGCCAUGUGCUGCUGCUUCCGGACGGGCGGAUUCUAGCAAAAUACCAUUACGAGAGCGACUACAUGGAACACAGCGGCGAUUACAGCUGUACUUGCUGCUGGGAGAUCGCUGAGGGGAACUUUUCCGCCACCGACGAGCCUGGCUGCCUGUGCAUUACGUGGACGGGCUGGGCUGAGCUGCGUCACAGAACUGACGAGCCCUUCGGCCCAGGCACCAUUACAGGCAACUGGGAACAAAAGCUGAUAGAUGCAGAGCACCGGCGGGUGCCGUCCACCUUGGUGCCAACAGACCAGGGCGUUUUGAACCUCCAGAAAUUGUGUCGGGCCUGGGCAGAGGAGGAUGCAGGUUCUGGCGUGGCAUGCGCACGCCGAACAUGUGCCCGAACCAGCACAUCGCUAAACAUGCCCAAGCUAGAUGCCGACAUUUUGGGAAGUUUUGGCAUGCACCCUGAUCAUUUGAUACAUUGGGUUGGAGAAAAGUAA